AUGGCGCCUAAGGCAGCGCCGAAGGCCCAGCAGCGAAGUACGCCUCCUCCGGAAGGACCCGGAGCAGAGGCGGACCAAGAACUGGGCGAUGACUAUGACAUGCCAGUCAUUGUCAAGGUGCGACCAGACGAUCAGCUGCCACUGGAACCAGAGGAGUUAGAGAAGGAGGUGCCUCCACGCGUUCUCUACCCGCUGAACCCGCAAUCGGCGCACAACACUACGCAGUACUCCUUCAAAGAGAAGUGUUUCAAGGUGGAUGAGCAGGUGGAUCAGGUCGUGAUGCACUUCGCCAGAGAUGGGUUGAUCUUGCUCAAAGAUAGCCCGGAAGCACAAGAUCAGAUGGAGGUCUUGGAGAAGAAGGAGGCUGAGCAGAAUGAGAAAGAGGAGGCCGAAGCGAUCGACGAAGACUUCGAUCCGCCAGAGAACGAUAAGGAAGUGCCAGUGAAGAACCCCCUGCGCAAUCAAUUCAACUUCUCCGAGCGCGCCGCCCAAUCCAAGAAUGCCUUGCUGCGGGAACGAAGCUGGACGACAGAGCCGCCACCCACCACCAGGAAUGAUGGCACAGUCACGCAGUGGGAAAUUUUCGACCAGUACAUGGCAGACAUUGAAGCUGCAAAGGAGAAGGAAAAAGAAGACAAGAAGGCUGGAAAGUCGGUUUAUGAUGAUGUAUCGGAGAAGAAAAAGAAGUCUGACACGGACCCAACAUAUUCGGAGAACAUGAAGCUCUCGAUCAAGAUCAUGGAGCGUAUGGUGAAUCAAAACGCGGAGAAUGAGGUCUACCAUGAUUUCAAGUAUUGGGAAGAUCGAAGUGACGAGUUCCGUGAGGGCGAUGGUACGCUGCUGCCACUGUGGCGCUUCUCCUCUGAGAAAGCCAAGAAGAAGCAGGUGACAUGCAUCAAAUGGAACCCCCACUACAGCGACUUGUGCGCUGUUGGCUUCGGCUCGUAUGACUUCAUGCGGCAAGGGAGUGGUGUGAUUUGUUGCUAUUCCUUGAAAAACACACGCUUCCCCGAGUAUGUCUUCAACACGGAUGCCGGCGUUUGCUCUUUGGACUGGCACCCAGCUCACCCGGCAGUCCUGGCUGUGGGGCUGUAUGAUGGUACAGUUCUCGUUUACGACGUCCGCGCGCGAACGAAGAAACCUAUCUACCAGAGCACUGUUCGGACCAACAAGCACACAGACCCCGUUUGGGAGGUGCGAUGGAACCACGACGAGUCCACAGGCGCCCUCAACUUUUAUUCCAUCUCUUCAGAUGGUCGUGUGUCCAACUGGUUUUUGUUGAAGAACAAGCUGGAAAGUGAGGAAGUGAUGGAACUGAAGCUGAUGGGCAGCCCUGGUGUCGGCGAAGAGGAUGAGACAUCGCUGGCUGGCUUGGCUGGCGGCCUUUGCUUCGAUUUCCACACACAUAGCGACCACAGCCAUCUUUUCCUCGUGGGUACAGAGGAGGGGCGCAUCCACAAGUGCUCGAAGGCCUUCAGCGGCCAAUACCUGGAAACCUACGAGGGCCACACCAUGGCAGUCUACAGUGUCCGUUGGAACCCGUUCCACGAGAAAAUUUUCAUCUCUGCUUCCGCAGACUGGACCGUGAAGCUUUGGAACCACGAGAAUCGAUUUGCCAUCUUGUCCUUCGACCUGUCGCAGGCCAUCGGAGAUGUUGCCUGGGCGCCGUACUCGUCCACUACAUUCGCAGCCAUCACGUCAGAUGGGGCCGGAGGAUCUGUAUCUGGCGUCGUUCACAUAUAUGACUUGUCAGUCAAUCGCAACGAGCACAUUUGCGCACAGAAGGUGGUGAAGAGGGCCAAGCUCACGCACGUGGCUUUCAGCAGCAGCGAACCCAUCAUCAUCGUCGGUGAUGACCGCGGCGGUGUCAACACCCUGAAGUUGUCCCCCAAUCUUCGCAUCGGGGUGGUCAGGACAGAAGACACCGACCCAAACCUCACAGACAUGGACCUGCAGCUUCAGAAGAUGGAGCACUUGCUCGAAAUGGUCACGGAAACGAAGACCAGCUGA